AUGCGAGAACUCAAUGAACAAGCGGAAGAAACGAAUUUGAAAGAUUCAGAAGAAGAUGAAUACUUGUAUUCUCUGCGGAGUCGUCAAGUACUUGGCACCCUUUCGUCAUCAGCGACUGUUGUAAAUAUGAACAGCGCAAAAUUGUCAGAUGUAGCUUCGUUGACUACUACUUCUUAUUCUCAUCGAGAAAGACAUCCACCUAUACGAGAUACCAGAUCUUUUGUCGGUGUUCCAGAGCCGAUAGCACCGCAGAAAAUCGGUAACGUUGGACGUAAGCCAAUCGUAUUAAGUCCAUUAGGUGAAGAGACCAUUCGUUAUGUUGUCCACAACAUGCUUGAGAAAAAGAUAUAUCCAACAAUUUCUACACUUCUUGUCCGUUUGCUCAACGAAAAUUCGGAUUUUCCCAUUCGAACAGAAUCUACUCUUCUUAAAAUAUCGAAAGAAACUGGUUUUCAAUAUCGACGAACAGCAAAGGUUCCAGCGAUUCUUGAGUAA